CCCGGGGUAUUAAACGCCUUUUCCCUUUGGCCCGGUCCCUCUAUUUAAUUGCCAUCUCUCAUAAUUAAAAAUGCCUCUCCUCUCCCUUCCCAACUCCCCUGUCCCUAAAGCUAAAACCUUGGAUGAUUUCCCACUUAUUCCCAUCUUUCUUCUCUCUACCUCAUCUUCAAUUUUCAAAGCCCCCCUCUCUCUCUAUCCAUAUUAUUCGAUUUGAUACAUCUAUCUCUCUUUCCAGAAUUGACCUGCCAAUCAAACCUUUUCUCUCUACUUUUCUUUACGCAUCUUCUAUCUGUAACCCUAGGUUAUCCCACCAGCCAUGACUGGAAAGGCAAAGCCUAAGAAGCACACUGCCAAGGAAAUCGCAGCAAAAGUUGACGCUGCAACAACAAACAGAGGUGGUGGAAAAGCCGGUCAAGCCGAUCGUUCAGGCCAGGAGAAGGGCGGCCAUGCCAAGUAUGAGUGCCCUCUCUGUAAGACCACAGCUCCUGACAUAAAAUCCAUGCAAAUUCACCAUGAUGCAAAGCACCCCAAAAUCCCUUUUGAUGAAUCCAAGCUCGUGAACCGUCAUGCUCAUGCUGGCCAGGUCAGUGAGUGUUCAAAGCCAAAACCGGGUAUCCGUGGAAGCUUCAAGAAGUGAUGCAUGGAGUGUCUUUGAACUGUUAAAAAAACCUUGGAUGAAGAGGGGGAGAGAGAAAGAGAGAGGUAAUGGUGUUAUUACUACUGCUAUUACUAUGUAGGUCGAGAUGUCACUGUUUUAUGUGAAGUUCACUUAUUGUAAUCCUGGAAAAAGACUUGGUUUUGCCUCUUUGUUGGUUUGCUUGGGGAAAUAGAAAGAUGUUUGGACCUAAGUUUUAGGAAAUGAGAAAAGAAAGACCUGUAUGUUUAUUCUGCAA